AUAUUCUCACUUCUUAUUCCCUUCCCUCCUUUAAAUUCACCUUUUCUUUUUCUUUCGCUUUGCUUUCUUCAUUCUUCUUCACUCAGUCCUCAAUCAUAACAUGAAUAAUGGGCACAGAGAGGAAAACUCAUUCUGCUAUUUCCAUCCCAAUGAAGUUGCUAUAGGGGUCUGCCCCUUAUGCUUGAAUGAGAGGCUUCUAGUCUUGGCCUCAAAACAAGGCCACCAUUCCUCAUCUAGAAGCACCCGUAGAGCCCAAAGUUCCAUGUACAAGAAGCCACCCAUCACUCUUCCGAAGAUCUUUGCUCUUGGCUCUUUUCUCAGUCGUCUCGAAUUCAGGCAUUGGAAAUCUGAUAACCCUGAUCAUGAUGCCUCAACCAGUCAAGAAGAUUCAUUCAUAUCAAUCAAGUUUGAAGAUAAUGGCGUGGGUUCAUGGGAGAAGAACACACUGUCCAAGGUCUCUCUAGAAAAUUACAACAUAGCAUGGGAUCAAAGCUUGAGCAAGAAGUCCAAUGAGGAGACUAAGACUGUGAUAGAGCAUGGGAAACCGCGUGUCUCACUUAGGUGGCGGAAGCGGAUUGGACAUCUAUUCCAAGUCAUCAGAUGGAAGAGGUCCAACAAGGCCAACGUGGGCAGCAAGGUGGAGGGAGUCAAGGUGAGGAAGGGUUGGAUAAGGACUCUGACAAAAAGAAAGACCGUGGAAUAAAAAGAAGCUGUAUAGAAAGUGACACAUUGCUUUUCCUCGUCUAUCAUACCAUAUCAAUCCAAUUUGGUGGGUUUGGCUCAAUGUUACUGUAAAGCUACAUGUGUUUUGAGAUUGUGCAAGUCAAUACAGCUUUAUCACUCUCUCAAAAAAAAAAAAA